GCUGGCGAAGUGAGGCUUCCUUCGUCGUCCAGGGAGGCUGGCGCGCGAGGCUGCGCCUCAGUCCCCGGCCGGCGGCUAGCACGCAGGGUGUGGUGCGGUUCCUCCUCCUCCUCCUCCCGCCGUAUCCUCUUCCAGCCCGGCUCUGCUGACGUGUCUUCUCCCCCUUCCCACCCAGCAGCCAGCCCGGCAGCCUUGCUAACGAAACAUGGCUGCGCCGCCACGGCGUCUCUCAGUGGCGCUCCCGCUGGUCGCUCUGCUCCUUUGCGCCCGGCCGCCCUCCUGCCAGGCCCGCCAGGAGCUGGACCGGCGUUUUGCAGAGUUCAAGCGCUGCGCCGACCCCGAAUGCAGCAUGCUAAUGUGUCGAGGAAAAGCAGUGAAAGACUUUAAAGGUCCAGAUUGCCGCUUUGUAGCAUUCAAAGAAGGUGAAUCCGUGUACGUGUAUUAUAAAUUAACAGGAAGAACCAAUGAGCUUUGGGCUGGAAGUGUUGGAAGCGAAUUUGGAUAUUUUCCGAAGGAUUUACUUGAAAUAAACCAUAUUUAUACCCAUGAUGAGCUAGAAUUACCAACAGAUGAAACAGAUUUUGUUUGUUUUGAUGGAGGCAAAGACAAUUUUGAGAAUUACAAUGUUGAUGAACUUUUAAAAUUAUCAGAGGACAUGGUAGCUAGUGAUGCUGAAGCGAACCUAGAAACUGAAAAGGAAGAGGAAACUGAGGGGGCUGAUCCUAUGGAAUCCAUUGAUCCACAAGCUGAUGAUAUUGAAGUGGACUCAGAAGAAAGCAGUGGUGACCAUGGCGGAAUGGAUGAACAAGACACUUUUCUUUUUGAAAAAGAUGAGAAUGUAGAGGGAGCUCUUGAUUCCAAGAAUGAGAACCUUGCUGUAAAUAGUGACACAGACAAUCCUCAGGGAGACCAAAGAGCACAUCAAUCUUUGGAAGAAAUGCAGGAAACUUUAAAAGUGCCAGAACAUGAAAGUGCCAAAAACUCUAGUUUUUCUCAGGGUGAAGCUGAACAAUCAGAUUAUGGAGGCAAAGAUGAUGGUGCUUUUACACUUCUACCACAAGAUGCAUCAGAGGAGCUGAAAACAAAAUUUGGCUCAACUGCCGAUGCUCUUGUGUCUGAUGAUGAGACAACUAGCCUUGUUACAUCAUUUGAUGGCAAUCUGAUGGAAGACAUGGAUAUUGACUCUUAUGAUGCAGAGAAGCUGAAAGAAUUUGAAGAACAAUCAGAAGAAAUUCCUUUGCUGUCUUUCACAGAAGAAGUUACAUCUUCUGAGGACCCAAAGGCUGGGAAGAUGUUAUCUGAGGGCAUCCAUGAGUCAGAAAUGAGUGAUCUUGAUGUCACUGGGGAAGAUGGCAAAAAAUCCAUUGAUGAGAGGAAAAAAGACUCUGGUUUAUUAACAAAUUUAGGGGAUACAAUUUUUGCAGUUGUCAGUGGAGGUGAAAGACCGACUGAUGAAACAAAUGGGGAGAGAGCUGAUUUAGAAGAGGCGGAAGAUGAUGAUAAAGUGGUCCUAAUCAACAACAACAAGAAAGAAAAUAUGCACAUUCAUUCAGAGGAGACUUCUUCAAAAAAUGACCCCUUAACAUCACAACACGAUCAUAUUACAAAGGAAACAGAAAAUGGAGAUGUCCAAGAUCACAAGGGAGGAAGGUAUAAAACUCAGAACUAUGAGGAAGAGCAUUCAAAAAGUGAGGCAGAACCUGGUACACAGAAACAAUUGCAAAGCACAUCUAUGCAUAAUUUUGGUGCCUUUUCUAAUUACAGAGAUGGCCUGGAAUCUAAAGCAUCUAUGGAAACAAAGGAAGAAUCUGUAAAACCACCUAUGGGUGACAUCAAAGAUGAUCCAGAAGGCCUUUCUCUUCAUAAAAUAAUACAAGAUGAAGAAAGGGAGAGCAUCUUGGAGGACAGCUUGGAAAAUGAUACAAAACACAAAAUACUUUGGGAGGAAUUAGAUGAAAAAGAUCAGAAUGUAGAAUCUAUGAAUACAGAAUCUAUGAAUACAAAUGAGUAUCAAAGUGACCAGGAUGAUACCAGUCUCUUCACAGGUAAAACAAACCAUGACACACAGCAAGAUGGAGAAGAUUUUGAAACAACAGAGAUAUUCAGUAAGGAGAAGCAGAUAAAUGCCUCUGCUGUGGAAAAUAUGCCCACUGAGGGAAAUACUGACCUGACUAUCAAACAAUCCGAACAGGAAACCGAAGACCAGUAUUUAGAUGACCAUGAAGGCAUUACAAGAAAUAGUAAGAAGCAAACACAAGAGAAAACAUCUGUUAUAGAAAAAUCCAACUCCAUACAGCAUAGAAACUUUACUCAGCAAAACACUGUUCACAAUGAAGCUGAACGCAUGAACGAAGUUAUUGGUGCAAAUACAGGUAGAGAGAAAUCCUUCACACCAGCAGUCCAGUAUCUGGAAACUGAUGCUGAAGAAGACUACUUAGAAGAAUCACAAGAGGAACUAUUACAGGAUGAAAAUGCUGUUAGUGCAAAACUCUCUAAAGAGAGACUUGCAGAUGAACAAAGUUUUACACUAGGUGUUCAAAGUGGCAGCCCCCAAGUGGAAAUGCCAAACGAUGCUAUUUCAAGAGCUGCUAAUCCUGUUGAUGAAAUGGGAGAAGAAGCAAUGACAACACUUGAGCAGGGUGAAAAGGAGGACAGCAUGCAACAUUUGCAUGAAAAGUAUGAAAGCAGGCAAUUACACAAAGUUUCUCAAAUGACUGAGAUGACAGAAGGCAAAAAAGAGGAGCAGGAAGAGGUGGAGCAGUCAACAUUACACAAAGUGGAAAAUUCUGUGGUUGAAGAAAAAACCGUAUUCCAGGACACGGAGGACAAUAUGUCAAGCAAUUUAAAUAUUUCUGAAGUAGAAGACAACAAGGAUGACUUUAAUGAAACCCAGGAGCAUCUUCCUGAGAAUACUCUACAGAAUGAACUUACAGACAAACACCAGCAUUCCUAUGAUCCCUCCACGCCUAGCAGUGUCUCAGAAAACGAAAAGGAAGCUGCAGAACCAGAGUAUGGUGAGUCAGUGAGAGAACUCACUAUAAUGAAGGCAUUUCUUGAUGAAAAACGUGUUGCACGCAUACAGAAAUAUCUUGGACAGCAACAUGUUUUCAGGAUAGAGUCUUUGUUUCAUGACAUGGAGCUGGAGUUAAUGCUUGCUCAGAAACAGAAUAACAACCAUGAAGAAACUGAAGAUGCUUUGGACCAGAUCCUUGAAUCUUCAGAAUCAAAUAUUCUGGAUGCUGUGGACAAGAUUUUAGAUUCAAGGGAAAUAGAAAAUGAAGAAGAAGUGGUGAAAGAAAUUGAUUUGUUUGAUGAAGAAGCUGCCUUAAUGGAUGAUAUUCAGGAACUAAUGUAUUCGCUAAGACAAAAAUAUUCUCCCUUUAGUGAGAGUGCUCCACUUGCAUCUGCCCUAGAAUCAGAGACGGAUUCUAGUGUGCUUAUUACAGCUAAUGCAAAACAAACUGAAGAUGACAGACAUGCUAUUCAAAGCCCAGCAGAGAACACAGAUCAAAAGCACCUGCCAUAUACAGAGCAGAUGUCAAAAGAGCAAGCUGUUCUUCACCUAGAUGAACCAAAAGAUGAUGUGAAUGUUUUGGCAGAGACUGGAACUGUGGAAGAAACAGAAAGCAAGGAUAUUUUUGGAAGUGGGAAGAAAUUGUCCCACGUGGAUGCAGCUUCUGAACUGACUGAUUCAAGGACAAAUACGGAAGAAGAUUUUAUUACUGGUAACAUUCCUGGUACUCCUCAUGCUAAAGGUAAUGCCAUGGAAAAACACAGUAAUCCAUCAGAAGCAGACUCUGCUGCUCCACAAAUUCUGGCUGCCUUGGAUGGUGCAGUCCUUUUAGCCAAAGAAAAUAUGCGGCCCAUCACAGAGAUUGUUUUACUGAAUAAUUCAGUUUUGCAGUUUGCAGAAAGCCACGAGAACCAGAACCUUCCUGACCUUAUCAGGCAAGCCAUUCCAUAUGGUGUGGGCCACAGAGAAUGUACAUAUCCAAGCAAUUGUUGA